GCCAGAGGAAGCGCAGUCGCCGGAAGAACAGAGAAGUUCUGGAAUCUGUCAGAAUGGCUGAUGAACCAAGGAAGGGAGUGCUUUGUUGGAAACAAGAUGGUAGGUUCUUCAUUCCCGAUGCUCCCCUAAAAAACAAGCAUUCUCUGACCAGGCAGCCAUUCUCUCCUGAACAAAACCCACAAACCUUCUCUAGAUGACUUCAACCGUUUAGAACAGAUUGCCAGACUCAUGGAGAAAUGCUUAGACUCCAGUGAUGAAUAUUGACUUAUUUCAUUGCCAAACAUUGAUUACCAGAUACUUACAGUAAAGUCCCACUUAUCCGACUUCUGCUUAUCCGACGCCCGGGGUGCCCUCCCUCCCUCCCUCGCUCACCCCCUCCCGGGCCAGUGCAGCAAAGGGGGCGGCAGCCAUUUUCCCCUUCUCUCUUGUUCACUCACCAGGCCGGGUCCUGGGUCUGCUGCCACUGCUGCCGUUGCUGCUGGGAUUGGCCUGGUGAGUGAGUGAGGGAGUGAGUGAGCGAGGGAGGGAGGGUCUUUGCCGCCUGCCCUCACUUUCACUCAUUCACUUACUCACUGGGCUGGGUCCUGGUUCUAUCCUUGCUGCCGGGACCCGGCCCGGUGAGUGAGCCAACGAGUGGAUUGUGGACUGUUUUGUUCAAAAUCAAUAAAAAUGAAAGAAAAUAAGGAGAAGGCAGCAAGAAAUGUGCCAAUGAAAGAAGAAUGUUCAGAAGGAAAGCCAAGAGAUAGAGGCACAAGCAACGCUGGAGUAGAGAGAUCUGGUGGAGAAGAGCAACCAAAGCCUAUGGAAGAAGAAUGUUCAGAAGGAAGGCCAAGAGACAGAGGCCCAAGCAACGCUGGAGUAGAGAGAUCUUGUGGAGAAGAGAAACUAAUGCUUAUGGAAGAAGAAUGUUCAGAAGGAAGGCCAAGAGACAGAGGCCCAAGCAACGCUGGAGUAGAGAGAUCUGGUGGAGAAGAGAAACCAAUGCUUAUGGAAGAAGAAUGUUCAGAAGGAAGGCCAAGAGACAGAGGCCCAAGCAAUGCUGGAGAAGAGAGAUCUGGUGGAGAAGAGCAACCAAUGCAUAAGGAAGAAGAAUGUUCAGAAGGAAGGCCAAGAGACAGAGGCCCAAGCAACGCUGGAGUAGAGAGAUCUGGUGGAGAAGAGAAACCAAUGCUUAUGGAAGAAGAAUGUUCAGAAGGAAGGCCAAGAGACAGAGGCCCAAGCAACGCUGGAGUAGAGAGAUCUGGUGGAGAAGAGAAACCAAUGCAUAAGGAAGAGCUCGGAGGUGCAAACGAGGAGGAACGAGAGUGGCGGAUUGUGCUUGUGGGGAAGACGGGAGGAGGGAGAAGUGCCUCCGGGAACACCAUUCUUGGGGAAAAGAGGCUGAAGUAUGAACUUUCACAAAAGCCGGUGACCCAGGCAUGGAUCAAGGAAGAACGGGCAGAGAACUGGAAGGGGAAGAGGAUCACCAUCAUCGACACUCCCAACAUCUUUGAUGCCAGCCUCCAAGAACCGCAGAAAUCCCGGGAGAUCCAGAAGUGCCGGGAUCUGGCCAAGCCUGGACCUCACGCUCUGGUGUUUGUGACCCAGGUUGGCCGUUUCACUGAGGAAGACAUCGUGGCUUUGGAGAAGGUGGAGCAGGUCUUUGGCCAGGAGGCCACAAAGUACAUGGUUGUCCUGUUCACCCGCAAGGAAGACUUAGACCCAAUGGAGAGCCUAGAAGAUUAUGUAGAGACAUCGGGCAACCAAGCCUUGCAGGAUUUGGUCAAGCGAUGCCAGGGUCGAUGCUGUGCCUUCAACAACAAAUUGACAGGGCAAAAAGGAGCCCGUCAAGCUGCAGAGCUGUUUUCUCUGAUUGAGGAGAUGGUGCAGAAGAAUCGGGACCGGCCGUAUCUCAUAGAGGAGAUGGAAGUGCCGAUAGCGGGUGGAGCAUCUUCAGAGGAAAAUAAACCACAGGGAUCUGCAAGGAAAUGCGGGAAAAUGGAGCCUCCCAAACCAGACACUGAACUGAGGAUUGUCCUCAUUGGGAAAACCGGAUCCGGAAAAAGUGCCACAGGAAACACCAUCCUGGGACAGAAGGAGUUUGUGUCUACCAUGUCCCCUUCAUCCGUGACAAAAACAUGUGAAAAGAAGGAGACUAUACUUGAUGGGAGGAAAAUUGUGGUUGUUGACACUCCUGGGUUUUUCGACACCAGUGUAACACGGGAAGAAACUUCCAAAGAAGUUGAAAAGUGUUUAACGUUGUGUUCCCCGGGUCCACAUGCAAUUAUACAAGUCAUGAAAGUGGAUCGUUUCACUCAGGAGGAAAAAGACGUUGCUCAGUUAAUCCAAGAUAUUUUCAGCCUUGAGGUAAAGGAUUACAUGAUCAUUGUGUUCACCCAUAAAGAUAAACUGGAAGGAAAGACUUUGGAAACAUUCUUAAAUGAAGGAGAUGCAUCUUUUUGGGAGCAGAUUGGGAAAUGUGGGGGCCGUUGCCUGGCCUUCAACAACAAGGCUGAAGGUCAAGAGAAGGAAGGGCAGGUGAAGGAGCUGCUUGGCAUGAUCGAUGACAUGCUGGGAAAGAACAGAAAGGCCCCCCAUUACACGGAGGAGAUGCUCUCCAGGGACCGAAACCAGAUGAAGGAAGAGUGCAAACAUCUCCAAGAGAAGAACACGAAACGGAUGAAGAAGAAGGAAAAAUUGUCAGAAGAGAACAAAGACCCACCAACUCAAAUACUUGCUAUAUUACAAAGAUUGAUUCAUAGUGACUGCAACAUACUCUAAUGUUGCCUUUUAAACAAAAUCCAAAACACACUUUGGUGAUACUUUUAUGAAGCACAACCUCUCCAAAAACAAAGGAAUAGUGUUAACCAAGUUUAUAUCCAUGUAAGAAUGUGCAUAAGGUGAAUACUGACUGAUAAACCAAUGAAUAUAUUUUAUUUUUUCAUCUUGGAACAACAUCCACCAGCAUAUCUUCUAACAGGUUAAGCCACUUUACAUCCCAGAUGGUCAUAUGGUUCUCUAAAUAACGUUGAUUUACCAGCUAAUCGCUAGAUGCACACUGAUCAGCCACUGUAUCUGGAAUAUCCCAAAGCGCUAUCCAUCCAUCUACAUGUAUUAUAUAUUUCCAUUUAUAUUCCAUUUUUGCAAUGAUUCCACUAAGCAGGUAUUAUUCCUAAUUGCUUCAGGGGAAUCAGGAAAGAGAAUGACUUGUCAUACCUUCUGCGUCCUUGUUUUUGCUCAUAUUUAAGAUUCAUGAUUUUGGGCCUAGUAUUUUAGUUCAGGGUCUGCUGUGGGUGGGAUUGGGGGGAAUAUGAGUUUUGAAAGGCCAUUUUAGUGCACUCGCUGUAUUUUAAUUUGACCACACUGUUACUAUUUGAUUGCUUUUCAACUAUUGUGUUGUACUUUUUAAACUUGUCUAGUGUGGAGUGUUGAGUCCCCGCGGGGAGUAAUAUAGACAAUAACAAUGUUCGGGGUACAAGGAUUGUUUGCCUGAUUGUUGGGUAUUUCGGGUAAUUUGUGAGUUCCAUGGCGCAUGUCUCUGCUCCUCUGACAGGCCACUGUAUUAGUUACUCUGAACUCUUAUGAGAAAAUGCAUGAAAUAAAUAAACACAUUGUAGCUCCUGA